UUAACUAUCUGACUUCGCAGCAUCGAUAAUCUCGAUACCCCACCUUAACUACUAGAAUUAUUGAACGGAAAAUAUUGUGGAAAAAGGAAGCCACGUUGCUACCCCGCAGCAAAUUACAUGUACUGCACGGCACGAGACAUCCGAUAUCGUGGAUACAAUAAGUAGAGCUGGCUAGGGCCUAAAAUCCAAGCAUCCCCAGAGCUUCUCCAUACCAUAGUCGCUAUCAGAAUCACACCAGAUCUGAAUAAGUCAUGGCUCCCUCCGCGGUUGAGACGCUCCCUGUCCGGGCUGCACCCGUGAGCAAGGCAAAGCACGACGCAUCAUGGAAUAAGGAAGGCCUCAUCGGAUACGGUGAGGCAUAUAUCCACGACAAGGAGAUCAAGGGCACAGAGAACCAGGCCCCGGCAUCUUUCCCCAACUACCUUCCAGUGUGGGAUAAUGAAACCGAGAGAUACCCUCCCCUGGAGCCUUUCGAGCACUACGACCAUGGAAAGGAUGCUGACCUUUCCUUCCCUGACCUCCUCCCCAAGGGAAAGGCCGAGGUUGAUGAGCUCACUCCGGGUAUCGGUUCUGAAGUCCGCGGCGUUCAGCUGAGUCAAUUGUCAAAAGCAGGAAAGGACCAGUUGGCGUUGUAUGUAGCCCAGAGAAAGGUCGUCGCCUUCCGUGACCAGGAUUUUGCUCAUCUUCCUAUUGACAAGGCCGUCGAAUUCGGCGGCUACUUCGGCCGUCACCAUAUUCAUCAAACCUCUGGCGCUCCUAAGGGUUUCCCUGAAGUCCAUCUUGUUCACCGUGGAGCCGAGGACCGAAGCGGUUCUGAGUUCCUGGAAAGUCACACAAACUCCGUGACAUGGCACUCUGAUGUGACCUUCGAAAAACAACCCCCCGGCACUACAUUCCUGUACCUGCUUGACGGUCCUACUAGCGGUGGUGACACGCUCUUCACCAACAUGGCGCUGGCCUACCGCCGCCUGUCUCCGGAGUUCCGCAAGAGACUUCACGGCCUGAGAGCUGUCCACUCCGGUAUUGAGCAGGUCAACAACAGUAUUGCUCGAGGAGGCAUUGCUCGUCGUGAACCCAUCACCUCCGAGCACCCGAUUGUCCGCACUCACCCGGUCACCGGCGAGAAGGCUCUCUUCGUUAACCCGCAAUUCACCCGCUACAUUGUUGGCUACAAGAAGGAGGAAUCCGACUUCCUUCUGCAGUUCCUUUUCAACCAUAUCGCCCUGUCUCAGGACAUCCAGGCUCGCGUGAGGUGGAGGCCUGGAACCGUUGUCGUUUGGGACAACCGUGUCACCGCCCACUCGGCCCUCUACGACUGGGAAGACGGACAGAGACGCCAUCUGGCUCGUAUCACUCCGCAGGCGGAGGCUCCUUACGAGACUCCUUUCGAGGCCUAAAUAUCGAGCAAAGCAUCCACGAACAGAUCUUUGAUAGUACCAGGGUAGGCGAUGAGUCACGAUAUAGUCAGCUCGUUACAAUUCUCCUAUUCAGAAAAUGAAAGUAAAUCUCGAAAUGCAUAGUGAGGGUGUUGAGAAGUGAGAAGUUGUGGAAUGCAGUCGGGCGGUAGUUCUGUGGUAUUUACCUUUUAUCUAGUAUUAGAAAAGACUUCAAUGCCUAUUGAAGGACAUAUCUCCACACACACAUUCGAGUACGUGGCGUUGUAAGAUACCAUAAUAUUAAGUCUGUCAGUUGUAACUACCAAAGACUACUACUACUACUAGUGUGUCUAAGGGCACUAAAAUUAAUUAUUAG